AUGCCGUCUCCUGAAGAGGCUUCAACAUCCGCGUCUCCUAGUCAGGCUCCCGCGCCGACCUUUAAAUCUCUCGGGCUCAUUGACCCACUCCUGGAAGCCCUAGAGCAGCUGAACUUCAAGAUCCCCACAGAAAUACAAGUGCAAGCACUCCCGCAUGCACUCCAGGGCAGAGACAUCAUUGGCGUAGCGUCUACCGGCUCCGGGAAGACUGCCGCCUUCGCGCUCCCGAUCCUACAGAAGCUAUGGGAGGAGCCCAAGGGGCUCUUUGCAUGCAUAAUGGCGCCGACCCGCGAGCUGGCAUACCAGAUAUCUCAGCAAAUAGAAGCCCUGGGGUCCGCGAUGGGCGUGCGGUGUGUGACGCUUGUAGGAGGGAUGGAUAAGAUGGCCCAGGCGGUCGCGUUAGCGAAGCGGCCUCACAUCGUAGUCGCCACGCCGGGUCGUCUGAAUGAUCACUUAGAAGACACAAAGGGUUUUAGCUUGAGAGGACUCAAGUUUCUGGUUUUGGAUGAGGCGGAUAGAUUGCUGGACAUGGACUUCGGUCCUAUCAUUGACAAAAUCCUGAAGGCUAUCCCGAGGGAGCGCACCACAUACCUAUUCUCGGCGACUAUGACGACUAAGGUUGCCAAGCUGCAACGAGCAAGUUUGUCAAAUCCUGUACGAGUCGAAGUAUCCGAAAAGUACUCUACUGUAUCAACGCUAUUGCAAUACUACCUCUUCAUUCCGUUGGUUCAAAAGGACGUACAUCUCAUAUACCUAGCGAAUAUACUAGCGCAGAAUUCUAUCAUCAUCUUCACAAGGACCGUCCAUGAUGCUCAGCGGCUAUCAAUUAUACUGCGAACUCUGGGCUUUCCAGCAGUGCCGCUGCACGGACAACUUAGCCAGAGUGCCCGGCUGGGUGCACUGGGCAAGUUCAAGAGUGGGGGACGCAAAGUCUUGGUGGCGACAGACGUGGCGAGCCGUGGUCUGGACAUUCCACACGUCGAUGUUGUGAUAAACUACGACAUCCCGACUCAUUCGAAAGACUACAUUCACCGUGUAGGACGCACGGCGCGUGCCGGGCGUUCGGGAAAGUCUAUCACGCUCGUAACGCAGUACGAUGUUGAGCUCAUCCAGCGCAUCGAGACGACAAUCGGCAAGAAGAUGGAGCUGUGGCCGACUGAUGCAGAAGAAAUUGCAUUACUCAGAGAAAGGGUGGACGAAGCAGGCAGGGUGGCAGUAAAUGAGCUGAAAGAGCAGGCGGGGCAGAGAGGUCAUGUCCGGAAGCGAAGAAGGAACGAGGAAGGAGGCGCGGACAACAGGGACAGGGAUGAUGAUGUUGUUGAGGCUGGAAUGCCUACCAAAAAGAAGUCAAAGGGGAGACGGUAG